ACCCUAAACCGGAAGCCUCCUCUCAGGUUGAGGCUUGUGCGAGCUUCACGCUGUCGUCGGCGCGGGACUCUCGAUCACACAGCUGACAGUCGGGGGAGCUGGGCUCGUGUUGGGUUGUCCAAUCACUUUCGGUUCGGAGCUCAGUUAUUGAUCGACCUCUACACACACACACACACACACACACACACAUAUAUAUAUAUAUAUAUAUAGUUAUACAGCGCAGCACUCCGGGAGGACUUGUGUUAUUUAUGAAUCCAAGGAAAGGACUCUGCCGUCAGCAUGCCGGACAUAUCCAGAGCGACACUUUGCCUUUGUUUGUUGACUGUGCUGGGGACAACGGUGUUCUUGGGAACUUGCUCACCAGCCAGCGUUGAAGCUUUCGACGAGGAUGCUUUCAGCAUCCAACACUCGAGCACAGGGAUGUGUCUGGGGACAGCAGCCUCGACAAACCUGAGUCUCACCCCCUGCGACCAGAAGGGCAUGUCCCAGCUGUGGAAGUGGGGCUCGGGUCACCGGCUCUUCCAUGUGGACACGUCCCUCUGCUUGGCAUUGGACGUCCCCUCCAAGACUUUGUCCCUGGUCGACUGUGGCUCCAACAUCCUGCUGUGGUGGCGUUGCCUGGAUGGGGCCGUGUUCACUGUUUAUGAAAUGGCCCUGGUGGUCAGCGAUGGCAAAGUUGCCACCAAACGGGACGCUAAUGACAGUUGGGUAAGAGGAGGAUCCCAGGACUACAUCUGCCAGAAGCUGUACCAUGUUGUCCACACCAACGGGGGGGACUCUGCCGGCUCUCCCUGUGAGUUCCCCUUCAAACACAACGGCAGCUGGCAUCAUGGGUGCCUCCCAGACAAGGACUUCCCUGGACUGUCCUGGUGUGCCACCACAUCCGACCACGACAAAGACAGAAAUAAGGGAUACUGUCUAACACCAGAGGAGGGUUGCAAGACUCUGUUUGCCGGGCCGGAAGGGGAUUCCUGCUAUGAGUUUGUUUCCAGUGCCGCAGUGACCUGGCAGCAAGCUCUGGAUUCAUGUCGCAGUCAGGGAGCUGACCUGCUGAGUGUGUCUGAGCCCAACGAUCUCCACUCCAAAACCUUUUUGGACGGCCUUGACACAAUGCCUGAGAGGAUGUGGAUCGGCCUUCACCAGUUAGACACUUCUCAUGGCUGGCAGUGGUCAGAUGGUUCCCCUCUAUCAACCCUGCGCUGGGAAACAGGAAUGCCAUCCACUUCAUUUAGUUCUGAGUCGGACUGUGGAGUCCUGAACUCCAAACAGAGCUAUGAAUCUGAGGGGUGCAACAAACGGCUGCCAUACAUCUGCAAGAAGAGCGUCAAUGCCUCUCGGGAGGCGCCAACAGAAUCUUUUGUAUAUAACAAAACGGUGUGCGCAGAAGGUUGGGUCCCAUGGAAUGGCUGGUGCUACAAGUUAGUGAAGGACACGCCUCAAAACUUUACAGAUGCCCAGAUGCACUGUAACCACACAGAGGGAGGAGGCUCUCUGGCCAGCCUCCACUCCGUUGACAGCCAAGAGAUGAUCAGCACUAAUUUCCAUGCAGACGGGAAGCUGUUGGAUGUCUGGAUCGGUCUGAUGGGUGUCGGCAUGAACCACACUGUCUUCAAAUGGAUCGACAAGGCACCGGUCACCUUCACCUACUGGGACCAAAACCAGCCAGUCCAGCCCGCUUUAGAUAUCUCCUGUGUCUUCUACGCUGGAGAGCAUCAUGGCUGGCGGGUUGGCGACUGCACACUGAGGCUACCUUUCAUGUGUCAGAAGAAAGGAGAGGUCCAGGCAUCGACGGGACAGGCCGGAUGCCCCUUUGAGGAUGGUUGGAGGAGACACGGCAACUCCUGUUAUCAAGUCAACCCCAAUCAAGUGUUCUUCCAAGAUCGCUGCAACAUCACUAUCAGAAACAGGUUUGAGCAGGCCUUCAUCAGCCGUCUCCUCAGAAAGCACAUCAGCGCGGAACCUCAGUAUUUUUGGUUAGGGCUGCAGGACAUUAACAACAUGGGGGAGUACCAGUGGCUGAGCCAGGAUGGGACCCCGAGUGUGGUUACAUACACCAACUGGGGUUGGAGCCAACCAGGUCGGGAUGGAAGCUGUGCAGUGAUUUCUACCGCAAAACCCCUGGGCAAGUGGGAGACGAAGAACUGUACUAUGUUUAAGGCCGGUACCAUUUGUAGAACAGACCUCAGUCCACCUCCAGCCCCAGAACCAGAGCCGAACCCCAACGCAACCUGUCCCGAUGGAUGGGUGUCCGCACUAGAUGUAAAAUACUGCUACAAGGUGUUUCAUGAGGAAAGGCUGAGCAGGAAGCGCUCCUGGGAAGAAGCUGAGAGGUUCUGUCAGGCUCUGGGAGCCAAUCUGCCCAGCUUCACAAGCAAUGUUGAGAUGAGGGCCCUGCACGGUAUCCUAAGGGGCACCAUCAGUGAUAAUCGGUACUUCUGGGUCGGCCUGAACAGAAGAAACCCAGCUGAUCGCUCCUGGCAGUGGACCAACGGCCAGCCUGUUUCUAUGGAUGUUUUACACCAAGAUUUCCAUGAGGAUGAUGCAUACAGUCGGGACUGCACUGCGUUCAAGACAUCGAGGAGCACCUUGAAACACCUGUUUGUGUUUCUGAUGCAAGACUUGCCUCCCACCCCGUUCUACGCCACACCGUUUCACUGUGAUGCCAGGCUAGAGUGGGUCUGCCAAAUACCCCGCGGAAAGACGCCAAAGAACCCAGACUGGUACAAUCCCGGUGGACACCAUGAGAGUUCUAUCUUCAUAGAUGGAGCAGAGUUUUGGUUUGUUAACGAGCCUAAGCUAACGUUUGAGGAGGCAAGGCUCUUUUGCAGUUUGAAUGGCAGCAAACUGGCUGCACCAUUCAGCUCGACUGCUGCCGGACAGAUCCACCAGCACCUAAAAGAAUUGUCAAGUUCUCCAACGCAGAACUGGUGGCUCGACAUGAGAGAGCCUGGACGGAUUUUCCCCAUGACGUACACCCAGAUGUACUAUUACCAUUCAGUUUUCCUGGGCAGAUGCACAUCCAUCAGUCCUGAAAACUUCUUUCCAGAGCAUAAGCGCAGUUGCCAUCAGCAGUUGUCCUUUGUGUGUGAGAGACACAACACCACGUCAGUGGAGAUAAACCCUCUGGAGCCUCAGCCUGGAGGACUGCCCUGUGGAAAUGGCACUGCGUCCUUCAGAAAUAAGUGUUACACACUGAUGACGAGCAUGAAGCCCGUGUCAUUCAAGUAUGCUAAUGAGGAAUGCCAGUCAGUGAGAGGAACCCUGCCCACUAUAUCGGAUCAGGCAGAGCAAGACUUCAUCACCACCCUUUUGCCAAAGAUGAGAAACAUGGACAGUAUAUGGAUUGGUCUGAAAAUCAUGCAUGGCGACCCCGAAUGGGUGGACCAGUCCCCGGUUAACUACGUCAAUAUUAACCCCCUGAUUCUGGGCAUGCACAAAGAUAUAAAAGUCAACACAUGGGAUACGGAGAGUAUGGAUUUGUGUGUGUUUUUGAUCAAUAACCCACAUUCUGCCAUGCUGGGUACCUGGGACUAUUCUUCCUGCACACAAUAUCAAAAUGUGGCCUUCUGCCAGCACUAUGCAGAUAAACUAGAGGAGCCCCAAGUGCCAGCAGAGCCCUUCCAGGUCAACAACCACACCAUCCUGCUGCUCAACAAAAAUCUCACCUGGUUCGAGGCCUUAGAGCAGUGUAGGAACAACAACAUGGACCUGGCAAGCGUGGCCGAUACCUUCCUGCAAGCCACCCUCACUGUGCACGUGAGCCGUGCACGCAAGCCAAUGUGGAUAGGCCUCUUUAGCGAAGACGAUGGGAUCCACUACCGCUGGACGGACCACAGUCACACUGUGUUCAGUCGCUGGUCUUCUGACGUCACCAGUGGCUCGUGUGUCUACCUGGACACCGACGGCUUCUGGAAAGCCACCGAGUGUGAGGAGCAGCUGGGAGGUGCUAUCUGCCACAAACCACAUGAAGACAUCAUCCCCACACCAGAGGAUGUUGCAGCCAAGUGCCCCCAUAAAAUGAAUGGUCCAAACUGGAUCCCCUUCAAGAACAACUGCUACUCCUUCAAGCUGGUCUCCACCAGAUGGGACAAGUUUGACCAAGGACGGGUUCAGGACACCUGCAAGACACUACAUGCAGAUGCAGACAUCCUUACCAUCCGAAAUUCAGAGGAGAACGAGUUUAUUAAGGAGCAACUCGUACCGUUUAAUAACCUGGUCCAAUUUGUAUGGCUGGGGCUGUUCAAAGAUGACAACGAUAACCUGAUGAAGUGGUUUGAUGGCACAAAUGUCCAAUAUUCCAACUGGGCAAAGGGCAGACCAGCUGUGGACCGACCAUUCAUGGCUGGUCUCACCGUUAACGGCAACUGGAUCCUCGUCUCAAACCAAAAGCUAUUCACAGAGUUCAAACAAAUGAGCAUCGUGACCUGCAAACUGGACCUCGAACCAAAGCAGGAGUACAACCUGUCAUCCGCGGAUUUCCGGCAUUACGGCAACUUAAGUUACGAGGUUUUGACCAAAAAACUGAGUUGGCACCAGGCUCUGGAAGAGUGUGGUCAGGGUGGAGGCCACCUGGCAAGUGUCCACGACUUCCAGCACAGUGCACAUGUGAGGCUCAUUGCCAAGACUGACGGCUUCCCACUCUGGAUUGGCCUAUCGAACCAGGAUGUUAGUGACUUGAACUUCGAGUGGUCCGAUGGAACGGGAUUUGACUUCAAAGCCAACAUCUCUGAGGGCUCCAGCUCAGACAAACAGGAGGCCAGCUGUGUCUAUGUUACCACUGCUGGAGCCUGGGUGAGAACCAGCUGCAAUACCUUGUUAGACGGAGCCAUCUGCUACACCACCACCAUCAGCACCCCUUCCCAGAGAGCCAGACUGCAGGUGGCCCCAGAGGCCAAUCACUGCCCUCAAAGCAACGGCAUGUCCAAGUGGGUGCAGCAUCAGGACCACUGCUACGCCUUCGACAUGAGCUUCUACAACUUCAGCGUGUACAGCAUGGAGCAGGCCCGGAGCAUCUGUCAGAGCAUGGAUGCUGAACUACUGACCUUAAAAACCAAAGAAGAGAACGACUUUGUGUCAAACUACAUGUUUAAUGACCCUCUCAUCACCAGUCGAGUAUGGCUCGGCAUGGAGGUCGAUACUCAAGGUAAACCAGUAUCCUGGCAGGAUGGCUCGGUUCUCGAUUACUCUAACUGGAAGUCUAAGGCCUUGGUUACUGGGAAGAAGUCUGAUCCCAACUGUGCCGUCAUGAUGGCAGGAGAAGAGGGAAUCUGGAAACUUGUUAGCUGCAAGGCAAGCCACAGCCGUGUUGUCUGCAAAGCUGAAGCAAAGUCCGGAGGCUCUCCUGUGGCGUUGGGUCUCUUCAUCGUGGUCGUCCUCGCUCUCUUAGGGGCCAUCGGCUUUAUCCUCUAUAAGAAGAGAGGAGCCCGCUUCUCCUCUACCGUACGCUACAAGAGGACCUUUGAUGAGGCAGACGCCACCAGUAUUAUAACAGAAGCUGACUGAGCUUGCUUAAGUAUUCAGCCUCAGGGAGUGUUGAUGUGCCUUGGGUGCAUUUUAAGUACUUUUCAGCAGCAGCAGAUGCAGCCUUCCCCUUUCUUAAAUUAUUUAUUUAUCCCGCUUAAGCCUGCAGACUUUCUACAAUUAUGUGUAAAACUGUAAAUAUAGUUAGAGAAUUCUGGAAAUCUGCCAAUUCAGUUUCUUAAUUUGAGUUAUUUUAGAUCAAGUUGAUCAAGAGUCCCGUGUUAUACCUAAUGUAAAUACUGGGACUGAUGAUCUCUGGUACGUGUUGAUCAUUGACAUUGGAGGUAUUUCUUUAAAAAAAUCUAUUGUGAAAAUUAUUUAAGUUGAUUUACAGAAAUAUUCAUCCCGACACAACACUACCUUUCAGCAACUUUAAAAAACGGGUUAAAUUGCACUGAUGUAUGAGUGACUCCAAACUAUCAGACACAAAACGUGCAUUUAUUAGUUUAUACCGUAUGUGUCGUUACUCAUUCUAUUUCAUUUUUCAUCUUAAAAAGAUUUGAUUUCCAUGUGGUUACAAUUAACAAUACAUUGAGACCAGUCCACCUGAAAAUACAGUAAGAUCUGUUUUUCUUUGGCUUGAGUGUUUAUAGUUUUCCCACAAAGAACGCCCCAUAACUGUACCCGAGCAAAAGGAAGAAACUAAAGACUUGCUCUUAUGUUAAUGUCUAAAUGUAUUUUUACGACAGACAAUGCCGUUGAGUACUUUACAUUGUAUUUUAGGACUUUUGACUGUGACAUUACUGCGACAACUGAUAACCCUCCACCAUAGCAAAUCACAUUAAAACUAUUUGGAUUGAGAGAUUGCACUCUGGUCAAGAAAAUACAUUUUUAUUUUUAGUUGGACUGUCCCUUUUAAAUAAGUAGAUAAAAUUGUGAAUGAUCUCACUGAUUGUGCCUUUAGCAUCAUAACUUCAGAAGAAAUAGGAGGUUAAAGCCACUGGAUAGGGUUAUUUUCAGAGUAUUUGCUGAUGACUUAUUAAUACCUAACAAUAUGUUUUUAGUUGUCAAUACAUAAAUAAUGCAGGAGAGAAAUCUGAUAUUUUAGUCCUGCUGCUUGGUUUUAAAAGUGUAGGACACUGGCUUAGCCUCAUAUUUCUUUGUUUGUAUAAUUUGUCUGUCUAUGUAGAUCUGACUUUCCUAUGCACUUAACUACUGAGCAAGAACGCACUUUAAUAUGUCGUGGAGCUACAGUUCCUAUGUUUAAGCACAAUGGCGUUUGGAGAGUUUUUAGAGACGUUCAAAUUGCACUGUUUUUUUGCUGUGAAUGCUUUGUAAAUACUUUUUAUAACUGAAAAUGAACCAAAGAUGCGCUGAGCUGAAUUAAAGUUCAAAAGCCUGAGCUUUCCUUUCACCUUGAUGAACGGCCUCAAUACGGCUUGUUAACCCUUUCAUAUCAAAUUGUAAACCAAAUGUCAGUGGGUUGUUUUUUUUAUUUCACCACCACUUCCUUAGCAGAUCUAUGAGCUCAAAUCAGGUACAGUUUCCUGCCAAUAAAAUUUCCUGUCUUCAACGA